AGCGCCGCUUCUUACACAUGUCAACAAGCGGACUGUUCGUGAAGCUGAGACAGUCAUCAGAAGCAAUAUCCCUGUUCGGCCUUGCUACAUAUAAACUCUGACUGUAGAGAUAUAAAGAGGAGUCAUGCAGGCCUUUCUGAAAGGAGCAGCUGUUCAGUCUACCAGACCCCAGAAAGACAAGGCAGCAGCAGGGCCCAGUACAGAGAAGAAAGCCAAGCCUAUUCCAUGGGUAGAAAAAUACAGGCCAAAGUGUGUUGCUGAGGUGGCCUUCCAGGAGGAGGUGGUAGCAGUUCUGAAGAAGUCUCUGGAAGGAGCAGAUCUUCCCAACCUGCUCUUCUACGGCCCUCCUGGAACAGGAAAGACCUCCACCAUCCUGGCUGCUGCCAGAGAACUUUACGGUCCACACUUGUACAGACAGAGAGUGCUGGAGCUCAACGCCUCCGACGAGCGAGGCAUCCAGGUUGUCAGGCAGAAAGUGAAGAACUUUGCUCAGCUCACCGUGGCCGGGACUCGCCCAGAUGGGAAGCCAUGUCCUCCUUUUAAGAUCAUCAUCCUGGACGAGGCGGACUCCAUGACGGCACCGGCUCAGGCUGCUCUCAGGCGAACCAUGGAGAAGGAGUCCCGCACCACACGCUUCUGCCUCAUCUGCAACUACAUCAGCAGGAUUAUUGAGCCGCUGACCUCCAGAUGUUCCAAGUUUCGCUUCAAACCUCUGGCCAAUCAGAUCCAAGAAGAGCGCCUGCUGGAGAUCUGUGAGAAGGAGAACCUCAAGUACACCAAAGAGAGCAUAGCAGCCUUGGUGAGGGUGUCUGAUGGAGACCUGCGGAAAGCCAUAACCUUCCUCCAGAGUGCUGCGCGCCUCAACGUGGACAAGGAGAUCACAGAGAGAGCGGUCGUUGACAUAGCCGGGGUCGUCCCUCCCAAGAUGAUUGACAACCUGCUCCAGAUCUGCUUCACAGGCACAUUUGAGAAACUAGAGGUUGCCGUCAGGAACAUGGUGGAUGAAGGCUAUGCAGCCACACAGAUCCUGAGUCAGCUCCACGAGUCUAUCAUAGAGCAGGAGCUGAGCGACAAGCAGAAGUCAGCCAUCACCGAGAAGAUGGCAGUGGUGGGUAAGUGUCUGACAGACGGUGCAGACGAGUACCUGCAGAUGUUGAGUCUGUGUUCACUCAUCAUGCAGCAGGCCUCCCAGAACAACUAGACUCCCCAGGAAGAGGAGCACCAUCAGCUUCCAGCAGGACCAGGACCUCAGACCUUCACUUGGUUUGUUCACAGCUGUGGUUUGAGACGUCCACCAGAAGACACCAAGUGAUAGUGGUGUUUGACUGUCAGAGACCACAGCUGGUUCUCUCUAGAUUUAAUCUUUCAAACCCUCUGUUGAAAUCACCCAUCAGAUGUCUCUUUAUUCACUCUUUCAUGUAACUACUUAACAACAGAUCUUUGUACACUUUUGCAUUUUGUUAAGUAAUAAAUGGUUUUGUAUAUUUUCA